CCGGUGCGGUGGAGGAUGAAAUAAAGGAGCGAGAAAUAUCGGGAUAAAAUGAAUCCUGAAUGAACAAAUGUGGCUGGCUUUUGCGAUUGUGUGGUCCUGCGCGGCGAAGAUACUACCGACAAAAGCUGCCGUCCUCCUUCCAUCCCAGCAUCCAGAUGAUGCGCGUAUAAGUAUAUCAGUCGGUUGGUACUGCUGAUUCUGAGCCGAAAAGAGGACGGGGGGAGGAGGUGCUCUCAAAGCGUUCACGUGGAAACUCGGAAUGCCCAGUGGGGCUCGUAAACCCUUAAAACUCUGGGAAGCUCGCAGAAAAGUCCGAGCUUUUGGACCUAAAGCUUUUGUGAAAUCUAUAACCCUCUUGACCAUGGCUCCACCCAAACUCUGGAGCUUGAGAGAUAAUCGCACCAGGACUUAAAAAAUACGGACUUAGCUGGUUGCCUCUGCGCAGACACGAUGACCGUGAUACGCGGUGGAGAACAACAUUUGUCGUCGUCGAACGAUUUUCGAAAGAACCCGGAGAGGAGCUUCGAGCCUGAAUUCGACUUAGGCGUCGUCACCAACGUCACCAGCCUCGCUGGCCAAACUGCCUAUCUCACCUGUCGGAUAAAAAACCUGGGAAACAGAACGGUUUCCUGGGUGCGGCACAGGGACAUCCACAUCCUGACUACCGGAACCUACACCUACACGAGUGACCAGCGGUUCCAGGCGCUGCACCGGCCACUGGCGACCGGUUCCGGGGGAAAAUCCUGGUCAGAGUGGACCCUUUGCAUAAAGUGGGUCCAGGAACGGGACUCAGGGAUAUACGAGUGCCAGUUAUCAACUGCACCGGUCACUUCGCACGCCUUUCGGCUCAGCGUUGUAGUUCCGAUGGCAAGGAUACUGAGUGGUCCGGAUCUCUACGUCGAUGCUGGUAGCACGUUGAAUCUGACCUGCGUCAUCGAAUUGAGUCCCAAACCGCUGGAGUACAUUUUCUGGUACUACAAUCAAAAGGUGUUGAACUACGACAGUCCACAUAGCCGGAAAUUCGUUUACACGGAGAGGGAAAACGAAGUGACGACGUCAACACUUUUGAUAAAAUCAACUGACCAGGAAGAUUCCGGUGAAUACAGCUGCAGGCCAAGCAACUCGAAGAAAGCGAGUGUCCGUGUUCACGUUUUGAACGGCGAACGCUUGGAAGCGAUGCAGACCGGCGGGGCUGCCGUCCCCGUUUUAAGUCUCCUGCUAAUUGUACUGUCAUCUUCAAGCAACGGGUUCAGCUAAGAACCGCCAAUGUUUUCCCAGGAUAACACGUAGACGUGAAUGCAGCUCGUCCGAAGUGUCCCUUUUAGAACUUUGAUAUUUUUUGAGAGAUGAAUAAUUUUCGCCGAUUUCUCAUCUUCACAUUUCUUGCGCAAUCCGCGUCUGUCUCGCUCUUUAAUUCUCGCUAAGCAGAAACUGGAG